AAAAAAAUUAUUGUGACCUCUUUGUACGAAACCUCCGGUAAAGUGGUGAGAAAAACUCGCCCUAAAACCUCUGCUGGGAAUUUGGGUUUCUCCUCCAGAGUGGUGGUGAUUUUGAAAUGGGAACGGCUAGUGGGGCUUCUACUGGAGUGUCGGGCCCUUCUUCUUCUUCUUCAUCUGCUGCUCCAAAGAUUAUUUUGGCGAAGCCUCCAAAUUUGGGGGCAACUGUUAAUCCCACCACCGCUAAAUUUAUCAGAAGCGAAGACGAAAGUGUGGCGAGGCCGAGGCCGAGCCUGGGUUCAUUUACUUUCGUAUCCGAAUCGUGGGAUGUUUUUACUGACCGUCUCUUGCCUUUUAUGUCCGACAACACAGAUUUCACCGUUAUUGGUAUCAUAGGCCCUCCAGGAGUUGGGAAGUCCACAAUUUUGAAUGAGCUUUAUGGAUUUGAUGGCGGAACGACUGGAAUGCUCCCACCUUUUCCAAUACAGUCUGAGGAAACAAGGGCAAUGGCAAAACACUGCAGUGUGGGUAUCGAACUGCGGAUUUCUGCUGAGAGGCUGAUACUCCUUGAUACUCAGCCCGUGUUUAGUCCAUCUGUUUUGGCUGAGAUUAUGAGGCCUGAUGGUUCAUCAGCAAUUUCGAUUUUAAAUGGUGAGCCCCUCUCAGCUGAGCUGGCCCAUGAAAUGAUGGGUAUUCAGCUUGGUGUAUUCCUUGCAUCUGUUUGUCACAUACUGCUUGUGGUAUCAGAGGGAGUUCAUGACUAUAGUAUGUGGCAGCUCAUGGGAAAGGUGGAUGUAUUAAAGCAAGGUAUACCAGACCCAUCCUUGGUUUCUCUUGGUCCUAAUCUGGCACCGUAUAAGGACAGAGAUGCAUUGCUGGAUAACUUGGGGGACUUUAUGGCUGACCCUGUGUUUGUACACUCAAAGUUGCAAGACCGGGAGUUCGCAGCCAGUAGCGUUAUGUGGUUAAGAAAGACAAUGUCCCUAUAUUUUCAGUCCUCUUCAUUUUGGAAACGUAGGUCCGACCAGAUGGAAAUCUAUGGAGAAUCAAAACAUGGUGCCAAGCCUGUAGUGCUUGACAACCAGAAUGGAUCUCUUGAGAGAGGGAGUAAUGAGAUAGAAUCUGCUGAUUCAGGUAUACUGGGUACACAUUUCUUUGUUCUUCCGUUGAAGAUUCAGGAUGACUCACAAAAAGCUCAGCUCGAGAGUUAUGGUUCCAUGCUUGCUCAGCUCCGUGAUCAGGUGUUAUCGAUGCCGUGUCACAGUUUUGCGAAGACCAUAGCAGAGCGUGAUUGGCUACGAAAUUCUGCAAAAAUUUGGGAAAUAGUGAAGAAAUCCCCAGUUAUUGCAGACUACUGCAGAACUCUUCAGAGCUCAGGAUUGUAUAGGAGGUAAUGAUAAUAGUUUCACAAUAUUUCUUGUGCACAAAUUGUCACCAUAAUGAGAGAAGAGUGCCCGCAAGUAUUCUCAGAGCUAAGAAGCUUUCCCUUAUCAUCUAUUCUAACAGUGAAGUAAAUGGAUGACAAAGUAUUUCCAAUGCCUUUUUUAAUCGAGUGAUAUGAAAUUAUGUUACAAUGCAUUUACUAGUACCCUUUGACUAAUGCUAUUGCAAAAAAUAGUUAGUGAAUUCAUGCUUACAAUGAGAGCUCUCA